AUGGAUGAUCGUUUUCGAAUUGUUGGUGAUAUUUCUAUGAAAACAAGAAGUAUUAUUAAAGGUCAUAAAGUUGAAAUAAAUUAUGGAAAGAAAAAUUCGAAUGAAUUAGGCAUUAUUCAAUUAUAUAAACCUUUGACAACUAAUCUACCGUAUUUUCUCGUUCAUAUUACGAAAUGUGACCCAGAUGCUACUGUAGCCGUUGGAAUUGCUUCAUCGGGCAUUGAUAGCCAUACAGGUGUAUACAAUAACUCGAUUGGAUAUCACAGUACGACAGGUCGUGUUUAUUCUUCUUACAAACUACAUGCAAAUACUUUAGGCGUACCAUACACAAAAGAUGAUACAGUUAGUCUAUAUGUCACAUAUUUUGGAAAUCAUUUAUCGACAACGCUUUUUUUCUUGAAUGAGAUACCAAUUGCCACAAGAUAUCAUUUUGAAUCGGAAAAAGAACGUUAUCUACCAACAAUAACAUUUUCUGGUGGUCGAAUUGAUGUAUCUGUUUUGUGGCCACAGGCAGUCGAUCAAUUACCAUCAAUCACUGAUAUUCCAAUAUCUCAGUGGAUCAGAGCGCCUAUGAGUACGUAUAAUUCAAAAACAACAUAUUUUGAAAAUCCAUCAAAAUUAGAAGAUUUACCAGUACAAAGUCCUAUAUCAUUAGGAAAAUUAUUUCGAUAUUUUGUUGUCACUCAACAAGAUGUUUCAAGUUCAGGAAAAGGGGCGAGCGUUGGCUUAGCAACUUGUUCACCUCUAAAACCUACUCCGACAUGUUCUUUACUCAAAGAUUAUUACACCUGGUAUCCCAAACUAAAAAUGAACGUAGGCAAUACGAUUGGCUGGGGUGUCUUCUAUGAUGAAGAAUCUCGAGAUGAUAAAGCUGAACAACUAUGUUUGGUUUAUGUCAUGUUCAAUUCUGUUAUUGUCGAUGCAUUGUUUGUUCUGCAGCCAGAUGGAGGAUUUAUGCCUGUUGUUCUGUUACAACCAUAUGCUAAAAAAGUCUCUAUUGAAAGAAUGGAUACGCAAACAAAAGAAGAUCUAAGACGACUUCAAGCACUUUAUAAACAAAUGUUAGGUCCUGCAGUAGAGGUGUACGAAAAAGAUAUGCGUAAACGUGAAUUAAUUCGAGAUUAUUUUCGUCAAAGUGAACAUGUAUUAAUAAAAGUGAAUAAUCAAACGUGUACCAUAUCGAUACCAAAAAAUGAGAGAGGAAUUCAUUAUGUGCAAUUUUUGAAACCGUUGACGUAUGAAAGAAGAUUUUUUUUCGUUGAAUUAGAGCAAUUAAGUGAGCAUUCAGAAAUAAUUAUUGGUAUUGCAUCAUCGAAACAUUCUCUAAAUAAAUUACUGGGCCUACUUACAGACACAAUUGGUUAUCAUUCAUUGGAAGGAAAAUUAUAUUAUAACAGCAAAGAUGUUGGUAACAUGAAAGGACAUGUUUGUAAGAAAGGAGACACAAUGGGUAUUGAAAUUGCAGUGUUUGAUAAAGAUAUGUCAGUAGCUUUGUUUUCAAAAAAUUUUCGUCCGGUUGGCACACGUUUUCUUACUUUGCAAGAUCAUUCAGAAUUUAUGCCAACAAUUAUGAUCGAAAGUCAUGGAGAACCAAUAGAACUUCUUGCCUAUUGGCACACAAGAGUGUCUGUACCACCUCAUUUUAGCCUUCGUAAUGCUGAGGAUUGGUGUGUACCGGAAGGAACAAAAAUUGACAUUAACGAAAAAAUCUUUGAAUUACCACCACAUAUUGGUACAAGUUCGUGUAUUCAAGCGCCUUACAGUUUACAUCGCAAAUUUAAUCAUUUUUCAAUUGUUUUAACUGAUAAAUUCAGUGAAAAUAAUCCUCCACCAGCAAUAGCACUUUGUACAGCUUCUCCAUUUGAUCCUCCACCAAAGUCUCAAUUUAAACAAGAUUACCUCAGGUUUUGGCCAACUGGAGAUGCAGCGAAAUAUAUCAAACCAGGCGAUAAACUCGGUUGGGGAAUAAUAUAUCCGGAUGAAACAAUCACAAAAGAAGAAGAACAAUUAGUUAUUUGUUAUUUGACUAUUAAUCGCAGUGUUGGCUAUGUAAGAGUAUUAUUUCAACCUCCUGGUGGCCUAUAUCCAGUUGUUAUUGCACCACCAAAUGGCAAUGGUACAAAAAAUACGAAAAAACCUAGUGUAUCUCAUAUGGAAUUUAUUCACACUGACCCUAAUUCUAACUCUGAUGAAGUGGCACAAUAUGAAGAUGAUCAGCUGUCAACUUUCGCGCCUCAGUCGCGGCGCGAUCGUGCUGUUGCUAUCGCUGUUAAAUCCCGCAUAUACCUAUCUAUCCGGAGUGAUACUAAACUUCGACAGCCUUAUGCUACUUAUUUUCAUGAAGGUGUUAUUCAAUCAGAAGAUGGUACAACAAAAUCAGUUAAAGAGAUAGUAUUGGAGAAUCAGAAACGGUUUGAAACGAAGAUGAGUAAAUAUGUGGAAAAAGCAUUAGAUGAGUUAAAUGAACAUGGUGUACAUGAAGAUAAAUGGGCUGAAUUGUGUUCAUCAGCUGAACAACAAAGAGAAGAAGACGCAGAAUUAAUUAAAGAACGCUAUAAAAAGCAUGCUGAACUAGACCAGGAUGAAAAUCCAGAUAUCGAAAAUUUGACGAUUGAAAAAUAUGCUCAUGUGCAAAAGCCAAAAAGUUCCUGUAAAAUUAUUCCCAAGAAGUUUACGUCAGAAACAGUAAAACGAUUACUAAGACAAUUGACAGAAGAAGAACUAAAUAUCUUCUACUAUGUACAGCACCUCUCAAUACAAAUUCUGCUCCAAUUCAUGCAACAUUUAUGA